UGCAGCUGCGAACGGAUCGAAAUGGAACCGAUCAAAUUAUCCUUAAUAUGCUCAUUGCAUAUUCUGAUUAUAUUGGUGUUGGCGCCGAGCCUGGCUACGAUCAUACCCAGCGGAAUGUGGAACUUGAAAGCGCAGACAGCAUUAUGGAUGUGGAGGCAACCGAUUUGUUGGACCACGGCUCGGCUGCGAGGCAGCUGAAAAUGGGCAAACCUCUGGCCGGAUAUGCGGACUACGAUUACUAUACAAAUGGCCGGCGACCAAAUGAUAAUACUCCCCGCAAUAUCAAUGAUCUGAGCACAUCAUCCAGCACAUCAUCCCUGGCCGCCAGCAGAGAACCGAGUCUGGCGCAGUUCGUCCUUCGACGGCCGGUCGAGUCGUCGCCCUGGUAUGGACAAUACCCCGGCAAGUCCAUUGCCAUGUACCCAUCCAGAUCGUAUGAUCCCUAUAUCAGACGCUACGACAGAUACGAUGAGCAGUAUCAUCGCGCCUAUCCGCAAUAUUUUGAAGAUAUGUAUGUGCAUCGUCAGCGUUUCGAUCCCUAUGAUAGUUAUAGUCCGAGGGUGCCCCAAUAUCCCGAUCCCUAUCUCAUCUAUCCGAAUCGGCAACUGGACUCGCCGCCACCAAGAGACUUCGUCAAGGCACAUCACAGUUAUGUGGACCAACCAAAAAUGUCAAUGCCUUACCCAGACUCCUACAGCAACAACAACAAGUACGUCUCAUCCAGAACACUGCCCCACCAGAGAGGGGAGACGCCACGGAGCGAGCGGGUCGUCUAUUAUGCACACCUCCCCGAGGUUGUGCGCACCCCCUACGACAUGAGCCCCUCUCGGCCGGAUCGCAUUGGAGCUGGAACCCUCGUUGCUGCAUCGCCGCAUAAGCAGAAUAAAAAGAAAUUUAUGGGCCUGCAACGAGCUGACAACUCGACCAACUAUAAACAAUUGCUUUAGUUCCAACAACAACAAAAAAAAAACAGCGAACUUAUUGCAUUUACUCACAUUAUCCUUAUUUUGUUCAAUUGCUUUUUUUUCCAUUUUUUUUUUAAUGAAUUUAC